AUGGCGAGGCCUGGAGAGGAGGAGACCCCAGCAGACGUGCAGAAGGAGGGAGGAAAACCAGGCGGCCUCCCCAGAUCCCAAAGACUGAGGCUUGGCAAGAAGGUGCAUGAACUCACUGCACUGCGAGAGCUUCAGGACUUCCAGGAAGCGCUGGCAACCCUGAGGACGAAGAAGCGGACUGGUCCGCAGAGGGCGCGGGGCCCGGCAGGGUCGGCCGUGCCAGCCUCGCGGAGGGGACUCCCGGUCGCGAGCCGGGUCGGAGGGUCGGCGUCCGCUCCGCCGCGAUUCUGGCCGGAUUCUUCAUUGACAAGCUCGGAGUCGAGAGGCGGGCAGAAGCCGGGAGACGCUCCGGGGGCAGUGAAAAAUGGUGGCCUUUUCCGGAAGAUCGAGGGUGCCCUCUGGCGAGGCGAGGCCGCUAGUGAAGGAGCUCGGCGGGUCUGGAGCCGGGGAGGCGCGGGCAAGGGUGGCUGGGGGGCUGGGGGCAGUGGAGGGGCGGGAGAAGGGGCUGCGGGAGACAGCGAGAAAAACAAGACCCGGGCCCCGGGGAAUCGCCUCCCUCCCGGCCCCACGUGCGCACGAGCGCACCUCUCCCUCCCCGACCGCGGCUCCGGAGCCGCUCUCGCAGAAAUGUCAUCCAGAUGUUCAGCCUCCCUCCCCGCCGAGGGCUCCGCGGGGAGCUGCGCCAGCGAGCGCGAAGUCAGCAAUUGGCCCGAGCCCAUUUCCCAGAUGGGUGAGGGGAAGUUGGCUCUCCGCUUUCGCUCAUCUCGGCCCGAACCUCCAGGCCUUUUCCCGCGAGCAGCACGGGGAGGGCAGGGCACGUGGCCCCCAGCACCCGGCAACACGGGGCUUGCAUCUGAACUGAACUUUCCUGAAAGUCUACUAAAUCAGACUCUCCAGAGAUGGCGCUGGCAUCUCUAUUUCUUUACAAACCUCACACGUGAUUCAGGUGCUCAGCAAGGUUGGAAGCCACUACUCAAGGGUACCUCUCUGCCCAGAGUGAGGAUGAUUUGCCUUCUGUUUUCAGCAAGCUGGGGAAGAAGUGGGGGUGAAGGUCUGGAAAGUGACUAUAAGGUGAUGGUGGUAUGCUGUGAGCUUACAAGAAAUGGAAAAAUCCAAAGAUUAGUCCCUUCUUCCUCAUCUGGUGCCAAAGAAGAAGGGAACAAGGGAUUCAUUAGAGCCUGUAUUUCAUCUGUCUUGGAUUUUUGGCAACGAAUGUUUCUUCAGAUUAAAAUCUAACAAAGUAUUCUCACUGAGAAACAAGUUAACAAAGGAUCUUAGAGAUAAUCUCUAAAGUAAUUGCAAGGGAGGAAACUGAUAUCAGGAAAGGGUUCUCUAGCUACACAGGUAGUUACCAGCAGAGCUAAGAUGAGAACACGACUCUUCUGACAUCCAGGCCAGUGCUCUUGCUGUCAUAGGCAUGCUAACGUGCAGUCCUACCCAAUAACGUGUGAUUGAACUGAGUAAUUUCCUGGGUAUUUAAGAAAUGCUUGCAAUCCGGUUUCAGGGGUGCUACUCCCACUUCCAAGUCCUUGCUUUUAACCUGUGGCCAUCCAGGCCUUCCCUUCAGCAUCAUACUGGAAACUCUGUCGCUUUGAGGACCAUCAGCUGAUCUCCUUUGGACCUCAGCCAACCAGUGCCAGGAACCUGGCCAGUGAUAUUGACUUGGAGAUCUUUUAUGAAGCGUCAAUAAAGAUGCAACUUAACUGCCCACUAGGCUGGGGACUUGUGGUACAUCUCCCUCUGCCAGCCUAGGAGGAUGGCUGGCACCCAGUAGUAUGUGCCGGAGAAAAAUACUUCAGUAAUGUCUGGUGUGAGAAGGGCAUCUGGCUCUGCUUCUUGGCACUUAGGUGAUUGUCCUCAGCCGCCUUCUUUGUGCCUCAGCGUCCUUGGUUGUUGUAUUAGAGAUACUACCGCUACUCAUUUUGUGGGAUGGUUGGGAUUUAAUAAGAUAUUGAAUAUUUGAACUUUUGACUAUUACUCAGCUAUUUGAUGUGUUCGUUUCAGCCCGUCUGUAAACUUCUUGAAGGCAGAGAUUA